CUUUGCCUGGCUCUAGAGGGGACCGCUGACUAUUCUACAUUGCUGUGGUAUGAGGCGAGUUUUCAGCAAUGGAACUUUCCGAUUUUUUCCCCCUAGCGUCUUCCUAGCGUCUUUCUGCCAGAUCAUUCGCUCCUCUGUGGCCGUCGCCCGUCUGGUCCAUCUACCAGAGGACCCUUGAUUUUGAGUUCUCUUUCUCCGCCCCGCAAGCCUAACACUUUGCUUGCGGCUUCGCGCAAUACUCGCUCCGGGCCGUUGCACUUGGCCGCACAGUCCACUCCUUUCCCUCCAGGCUGCAGGUGGGCCGGAGGCGCGCGGGCUGGCGAGGGUGCCGGGCGCUCCUCGUCCCUGGGUGUCCCCUAGGUGGAAGUCGGCCCGGCGCGAGCGCUCGGUGCGCGUUCUGGGCCGUCUGCGCCUGGCGCGCGCCGCCAGCCCGCGCUCGCUCCCGUCCCUCCUCGCGCUCGCGGCGGCCCGGACAGCGCGCGCCGCCUCCCGCUCGUCCUCAGGCCGCCCCUGCCGGCCCUCGCGGCGCGCGCACCGUACCGGCCCAGGCUCCCCACUCGGGCCGGCCGGCUCGCGGGUUUGCUCGCCCCGCCCCCCAGUGCCGCAGCUGGGCGCUUGCGCGGGGCGCGUGGCCGUGGCCGGGGUCUCCGCCGCAGCCGGUGCCGCCGCCGCCGCCUCAGUCAGUCAGUCAGUCCCCAGCAAUGGCGGAAGGAGGUGAGCGAGAGGAACUGCUCUCGCCGUCGCCGGUCUCUCCGGCCAAGCGCCUGUGCUCUUGGCCCAGUCCGCAGGCUCACCACCCUCGCGGUUCGCCCGGGGCGGCCGGCGGCGGGGUGGGGGGCGUCGGCGGCAGCUGCCUAUCCCCGGGGGCCCGCCCCCACCUGCAGCCCGAGUCCUUGCUGGACUGCGCCGCCAAGACGGUAGCAGAAAAGUGGGCGUACGAACGGGUGGAGGAGCGCUUUGAGCGGAUCCCGGAGCCCGUGCAGCGCCGCAUCGUCUACUGGUCCUUCCCGCGGAAUGAGCGGGAGAUCUGCAUGUACUCCAGCUUCCAGUACCGCGGCGGCCCUGGCGCCGGCGCGGCUGGCGGCGCCGCGGGGGCUUCGCCGGCCGAGGAGGGGCCGCCGCCACCCCCCGGGGCCGCCGCUCCGGCCGGCUCCGCCCCCGGGGCCGCCGUGGCGGGGGCGUCCCCCGGACUGGGCUCUGGGGCUGGAGUGGCCGGCGGCGUUGGCGGCGAGGGGCUCCCGUUCCGCCGGGGCAUCCGUCUGCUGGACAGCGGCUCCGUGGAGAAUGUGCUGCAAGUCGGCUUCCAUCUCAGUGGCACAGUAACGGAACCAGCCACUACGUCUGAACCAGCAGUGACUUAUAAAGUUGCCAUCAGUUUUGAUCGAUGCAAAAUCACCUCAGUGACAUGUGGCUGUGGGAACAAAGACAUAUUCUACUGUGCUCAUGUGGUAGCACUCUCACUCUACAGGAUCCGUAGACCAGAUCAAGUCAAAUUGCGUCUUCCUAUCUCAGAAACCCUUUUCCAGAUGAAUAGGGACCAGCUACAAAAGUUUAUUCAAUAUUUAAUCACGGCACACCACACUGAAGUUCUUCCUACCGCACAGAAAUUGGCAGAUGAGAUUCUGUCCUCCAACUCUGAAAUCAACCAAGUAAAUGGUGCUCCUGACCCCACAGCUGGGGCCAGCAUUGAUGAUGAGAACUGUUGGCAUUUGGAUGAAGAACAGGUGAAAGAACAAGUGAAGCUCUUUCUCUCCCAGGGUGGUUACUAUGGCUCUGGAAAGCAACUCAAUUCAAUGUUUGCCAAGGUUCGAGAGAUGCUGCGGAUGAGAGAUUCCAAUGGAGCCAGGAUGCUGACACUAAUAACUGAACAGUUUAUGGCUGACCCACGACUCACACUGUGGAGGCAACAAGGAACAAGCAUGACAGAUAAAUGCAGGCAGCUCUGGGAUGAGCUAGGGGCCUUAUGGGUGUGCAUCAUUUUAAAUCCUCAUUGCAAGUUGGAAGAAAAAUCCUGUUGGCUGCAGCAACUGCAGAAAUGGAAUGACCUGGAUGUCUGUCCCCUGGAGGAUGGGAACUAUGGGCAUGAGCUGCCCAACAUCACCAAUGCACUUCCCCAGAAUGCCAGUCACAGUUCAGAUUCUUUAUCCAGACCAAGACGGACAGUGUUCACUAGAGCCAUCGAGGGCCGUGAAUUGCAUUGGCAGGACAGCCACUUACAGCGAAUCAUCAGCAGUGAUGUAUAUACAGCUCCUGCCUGCCAGCGGGAAAGUGAGAGGCUACUCUUUAAUUCCCAAGGCCAGCCACUGUGGCUUGAGCAUGUGCCUACAGCCUGUGCUCGGGUUGAUGCCCUGCGUUCCCAUGGUUACCCAAAAGAGGCCCUCAGACUCACAGUGGCCAUUAUCAAUACUCUCAGGUUGCAGCAGCAGCGCCAGCUGGAAAUCUACAAGCAUCAGAAGAAAGAACUGUUGCAGAGGGGAACCACAACCAUCACAAACCUAGAAGGCUGGGUGGGCCAUCCCCUGGAUCCAAUUGGCUGCCUGUUUCUCACCUUGACUGAGGCCUGCCGCCUGAAUGAUGAUGGCUAUCUGGAAGUGUCAGAUAUGAAUGAAAGCAGACCCCCUGUGUACCAGCAUGUGCCUGUGGCUGCAGGCUGCCCAAACAGCAGUGAGUCCUACCUGUCACUGGCCAUGGAAGUUGCUCUGAUGGGGAUGGGUCAACAGAGAGUGAUGCCUGAAGGCCUCUACGCACAGGACAAGGUGUGCCGUAAUGAGGAGCAACUCCUGAGUCGACUCCAGGAGCUGCAGCUGGAUGAUGAACUAGUGCAAACGCUGCAGAAACAGUGCAUCUUACUACUAGAAGGAGGCCCCUUCAGCGGUCUGGGAGAAGUCAUCCACCGAGAGAGUGUUCCCAUGCACACCUUUGCCAAGUAUUUGUUCUCAGCUCUGCUGCCUCAUGAUCCAGACCUGUCCUAUAAAUUAGCCUUACGUGCCAUGAGGUUACCUGUUCUAGAAAACUCAACUUCUGCAGGCGACACUUCCCACCCUCACCAUAUGGUAUCUGUGGUGCCCAGCCGUUACCCUCGCUGGUUCACGCUUGGACACUUGGAAUCACAGCAGUGUGAACUGGCCUCCACCAUGCUGACUGCUGCCAAAGGGGACACUCUGAGGCUCCGAACAAUCCUGGAAGCAAUACAGAAGCACAUCCAUUCUUCCUCCCUCAUCUUCAAACUGGCCCAAGAUGCAUUCAAGAUUGCUACUCCCACGGACAGUAGUACAGAUGGCACCCUGCUCAACGUGGCCUUGGAGCUGGGGCUACAGGUGAUGAGGAUGACCUUAUCAACCCUCAACUGGAGGCGCCGGGAGAUGGUGCGGUGGUUGGUAACCUGUGCUACAGAAGUGGGUGUGCGGGCCCUGGUGAGCAUCUUGCAGAGCUGGUACACACUCUUCACCCCCACCGAGGCUACCAGCAUUGUGGCUGCCACAGCUGUCUCCCACACCACCAUCCUGCGCCUCAGUCUUGACUAUCCACAGCGGGAGGAGCUGGCCAGCUGUGCUCGCACCCUGGCGCUGCAGUGCGCUAUGAAGGAUCCUCAGAGCUGCGCCCUGUCGGCCCUUACCCUCUGUGAGAAGGACCACAUCGCCUUCGAAGCAGCCUAUCAGAUCGCCAUUGAUGCUGCGGCUGGCGGCAUGACUCACUCACAGCUGUUCACCAUCGCCCGCUACAUGGAGCUCCGUGGCUACCCGCUACGUGCCUUCAAGCUGGCCUCACUGGCCAUGAGCCAUCUCAACCUGGCCUACAACCAAGACACCCACCCGGCCAUCAACGAUGUGCUCUGGGCCUGCGCCCUCAGCCACUCCCUGGGCAAGAAUGAGCUGGCGGCCCUCAUCCCCCUGGUGGUGAAGAGCGUGCACUGCGCCACAGUGCUUUCAGACAUCCUUCGGCGCUGCACCGUAACUGCUCCUGGACUGGCCGGCAUCCCAGGCCGCCGCAGCUCAGGAAAGCUCAUGUCCACUGACAAGGCUCCCCUGCGCCAGCUGCUGGAUGCCACCAUCAAUGCCUACAUCAACACCACACACUCUCGCCUGACGCAUAUCAGCCCUCGCCACUACGGAGAGUUCAUUGAGUUUCUGAGCAAGGCCCGGGAGACCUUCCUGCUACCGCAGGAUGGCCACCUGCAGUUUGCCCAGUUCAUCGACAACCUCAAACAGAUCUACAAAGGCAAGAAGAAGCUGAUGUUGCUGGUGCGAGAGCGCUUCGGCUGAGAAAGCAGACGGCUCGCUGCCAGGGCAGCCUGGGCUCCCAGGUAGCAUCAGGUCAGGCCACGGACACAAGCAUUUGUCCACCCUGAGAGGACUCUGAGCACCUAUGGCUGAAGCCAGAGGACCACAGGGCUAAGCAUGGGAGAGUCCAGCUCUAGCCAACAUGCCUGCCUGGGCAGGGUUCUCACAACAGCCGCCUGUUCCUGGAGGAGCAGGGCCCUGCAGACCGAUCAGCACCCACAACAUGCCACCUCAGGCCCUUGUAUCCUGCGUGUCCCGGGCAUUGCCCCUCUCUCCCUUGGCAAACACAGAACACUGUUCCGUCUCAGGGAUUGCGUAACCAGAGAAACAGAAGCGUUUAUGGUACUGUAAAUACUAUAGUCUGUGUGUUGCCAAUUAUGUUGUAAAGUUGUAACUAUUUAUAAUUCUGGUUCUAAUUUGAUGGGUACUUGAAGUAGCUGUGGGUGGGAAGAUAGGCUUGUUUUCUGAGGAGAUUCACAACCAUUUCUCAGGUUUCCCUUGCAGAGUAUAUUCUGUUGGCAGUGGAAGAUUGGGGGUGGCAGGGAGAAAAAUGGCCAGUUAAGAGGAAAUCUCAAGUCUAGUCUAUGCAGAAACCCCAGCCUGCAGAAGGGCAUUCAUAGCCCAGUAAUGGCUGAGGAGGCCCAGUCUGGACUUAGACUUUGACCUCACGAAGCCAUGAGGCCACAGAAGCUGUUGUUCUUGCCUGACACAGCCUCUCUAGGAGUCUGACGAGUUCCUGAGAAACAGGUGAAGGUGAAUAGGAGGCCACUGAGCUCAUAAUGUUCAUCUGCUCUGGACACCGUUGUGUUAGAGUAUCUGAUUUCAUCUCUAAGUGUGCGUAGAGAUCUGAGUGACUAAAUACGUGUGUCUGUGUGCAUAGGUAUAUCUGUGCGUGCCUGUAUGUGCACAUAUAUAUUCAUGUGUAUGUGUCAGGUCUGUGUGCUGGACGGUGGGUUUCUGUGUGAGGGUAUACACAUAUGUGAGCAUACUGUGGUACAUACCUGUGUGUCUGUUGCUGUUUGCUGAUGCAUGUUUAGUCCGUGUGUAUCUGGCCACACAUGAGUGCACAUGUAUAAAUGUUUGGUCUAUAUCUGUCUCUGUAUGUGUAACUGUGGUAUUUCCACAUGUAGGUUUGUCUGUGAAUUCAUGUUCUAGGAUCUGCAUGAAUGUGUCCCUUCUCUUUUUGCCAGAUCUCUCAUCCCCAUUCCUCUCUCGCGCCAGCUAAACAUGUUCCCCAUCUCUGUGGCUCCUGUACUCACCACUGUCACCCAACAAGCUUCUGAGCACUAAGCUCCCUCUGCCCCGAGUGGCUCCUUCAGCGCCACAUUUCUCUGCUUCCCCUGCACCUGCUUUCUUCCCCUGCCUUUCUACCUCAAGCUUCCUCUGCCCUCUUCUGCUACAGUCCCAUGGGUCACUGAUUUGGAGGCUGCGGCUGGAAUGCACUUGGCCUUUCCCUGUCUGACUAGUUUCUAGGCCAGGUGGACAACCCCUCUCUUAGCUCUGGCUGACCUCCACAGUGCGUCAUGUUCCUGCUACCUUCCUGCCCCCUCUCCUCAGCCUGGAAUUGUUGUAGGAGAUAGCACGGGCGUUCAGAAGAGUCAUUUAGAUGCCAGUGUCUUGGUGUUCACUGUUUCCUGUCUUAGUUCCCAAGUAGGGGGUGGGGUGUGAUAGGGAAGGGGUGGUCUAGCUAGAGUGUGAACUAAGAACCUGUCUGCUUUAGUUUCCUUUCUCUGACAAACUAUAUCACUUUUUUUUUCCUCCACACUGACCGAUAAGUUGUAUUUGCUGUUUGUGGCUACUCAAGUCUUACUGUUCCAUCAUGGGCCGUACAACCUCUCAGUCUGACAGGCUGGUUAAAAAAAGAAGAUACCACUCCCAUUUCUGUAUCACAAUUGCCAUUUUUUAGAAAGUAUGUGAACUCACAGCUUUUCUAUGAAUAAAUCACGGAUCACA